AUGUCUUUCUUGUCCCCGCUGAUCGCUAGCCUAGUUACAUCCAAUGCCCCGAUUGAGAUGCGGCCAUGUCUCAAUGUCCAACAGGAGCAAGAGCAAGAGCAAGAGCAAGAGCAAGAGCAAGAGCAAGAGCAAGAGGUAGCUGUCAAGGAGCAAGGUAGCAAAGAAGGGUUAGGGUUGUCGACGUUGCUUUGUUGGGCAACUCAAAGCAGAUCAUCUGCUGCAGGGAUCAUCUUGGAGCAGGAAAAAGUUAGACACCAGGAGGGUGCAUCUAACCCCGCGACUUUCUUCAUUCGCGGUUCACGGUACAGCAAAAGAACAAUCAACGUCGCGACAUUGACCACCUGUUUUCCCGCGCAACACAUCCACCCUGCCGGAUCUCUUGAUCGACGCCUUACAAGCCAUAAGCCGGGCGCGUCCCAGCAACAAAACGGCACGAUGCAGCGAGCAUCUCCCUCGCCAGCGCGGAGCUAUGAUGUCGCCAGCCCUCACCGAGCCGAUCUCGCAGAAAUCUUCAACCAAGACAGGAACUCGCCGGCGCGUCACAGGCAAAUCCUCGAGACCUCAAGACAAGAACAUACCAGAAUUCGAGAGGAGGCCGAAAGGGUGCUGCAAGAGGCUCGUCUGAAGGAGGAAAGAGACCGAGUCCUCGAACAGAGAAGAAAAGAGGAAGAGAGGAUCAAAACCGAGCAGGAAUUAGCUGCCGAGCGCGUCAGAUUAAACGAACUCAAGGCGAAAAAGAUCGAGAUUCCCCCGUUACUACCAGAUCCUGAACCACCAAAGCCAGCCCCAAAGCCCACUCCACCAGCAGCUGUUUCUCCAGCCAACAAAGUCGAUGAACCAAAGCCGACUUCCGUACUCAAUGGAGCCGGUCCGUUCGGGUCAACAGCACCCACAGCACAGCCAUCAUCAGGCUUCUUUGCUGCCAAGGCGCCUCCAGCCCCGACACCAUCACCAUCACCACCAGUACCCGCAGUAGCACCAGCUGCUAAGCCAGCAAAUUCAGUCCUCGGCAUCGGAGGGUUGCUUAAUGGGACCAACCAGACCAAUGGUACGGCUGGGACAACAGGGGCAGUACCGGCAGCGCUUCCAGUAGCUCCAACGGCUCCAGCGGUACCAACCAUCGACAGAUAUACCGUGAUCCACAAGAACCUGAAAGGCCUGCGGAAGAUGAUGGCAGAACAGGCCAAGACCAACCGGGCCCUGAAAGAGAGAAUGGGAGAUAUGAGGAGAGAACUCAGAAAGUGUAUAGGCCAGCUUUCUGCGGGAGCUCCUGACUAUGUCUUUGAGCCAAGACAACCCGUCGAAGGAGCAGCACGCAACGAGCCAGCACUGCCUUCGCUGUUCAUUUACCUCCUCAACAUCUUCAGCAAAGGCGCCAUCUCGCAGUUCAUCAACGAAGCCUCAGCACGACCAGAGACAGCUGACCCGGUAGGCGUCUGUGUAGCCGCUACAAUCUCAGAACCGGACUUUCUCUGGCGAGGAAAAUCAAUGAUUGACAUUUUGCUGGCCAAGUUCAGGAUAGUCUGCCCAGUCCUGUUCGGCUACCGAGGAAGCGAAAAGACCGAGCAAGGGCGAGCAAGACUUGGGUGGUGGAAAGACAGCGGGCGAUGGAUUGGUGAGCAACAACACAUGGACCGGAUGACGGGUCUCGGUGCCGGGUUCGCCGCCAUCUCCCUCCGCAAGUUUGCCGCGUCCAAGAAGCAAAACCCGUAUCCGGCUCGGCAUUACUGGACCGCCAUGGCGCGUAUAGUGAACACGCCGGCGGUUGAGAUCAGCAACACGCAGUGUAUCGUCCUGAAAGCCAUGAUUGAGAACUACGAAGGGAAAUUCAUCGACGCGUACGGCAGCGCCGCGGUUGUCGCUCUGCGGACGGCCCUCGUCGAGUUCCCUGCUAGAGCGCCGACAAAGGGUGCGGCGGUCCACUCGCUUGAAGUGUUGGCUACACUACUUAAGAAGAACACCGGGUUGACAUUGGGAUAG